CUUACAACCUUUGUAACCCAAAUUCACUUAUAACACAACAAAAAAAACACAAAAAUAAAUAAAUAAAUUAAAAUUAUAUUUAAAAAAAAAAAAACUAUAUAUCUUUCUUGAAAUUUACACACACAUAUAUAUGUAUUGUCUGUAUGAAUCUCUAGGUGAAUUGAGACGUUGAAUGAUGGAGCAAUUGAUGAAAUUAUGGAGCUUUGAUGUUGUAGUAUGGAGGGGUUUUUUGUUUUCAGCAUUAAUACUCAACUUUAUAUUCGCUUGCCAACUUUUUUUCCUUCAACCCCUUGUAUCUGCAUUAGACACCAAACCUGGUGAUGCUGCUGCAUUGUUCGAGAGAGUUACACAAAAUGUAAAAGUUAAGAAAUACAGCGAGGCACUUAAUGAUCUAAAUUCAGCCAUAGAGGCGGAUCCAGCACUUUCAGAGGCUUAUUGGCACCGUGCAUCUGUCCUUCGUCAAUUGUGCAGAUAUGAAGAAUCGGAAGAAAGCUACAAGAAGUUUUUGGAGAUGAAAGCAAGAGACUCAGCUGCAGAGAAGGAGCUUUCUCAGAUGCACCAAGCUAAGAGUGCUCUUGAUUCAGCAACCAACCUGUUGGAUACAGGUGACAUUAAAAGAGCAUUGGAGUAUAUUGAUAAAGUUGUACUUGUUUUCUCUCCAGCAUGCUCCAAGGCCAAACUCCUUAAGGUGAAGCUACUUCUAGCAGAUAAAGAUUAUUCAGGUGUCAUAUCUGAGGCGGGUUAUAUACUUAAAGAGGAUGAAGAUAAUCUCGAGGCUUUGCUGCUACGAGGCCGUGCCUACUACUAUCUGGCUGAUCAUGAUGUUGCCUUAAGGCACUACCAAAAAGGCCUUCGUUCAGACCCAGAGCAUGGGGAAUUGAAGAAAACGUAUUUUGGCUUGAAAAACUUACUGAAGAAGACUAAAAGUGCAGAAGAUAAUGCAAGUAAGGGUAAGCUUCGUCUUGCCGUGGAGGAGUACAAAGCAGCCCUGGCUAUGGACCCCAACCAUUCUGCACAUAAUGUAAAUCUUCAUCUUGGUUUGUGUAAAGUCUUGGUGAAGCUUGGGAGAGGGAAGGAUGCUAUAUCAAGCUGUUCAGAAGCCCUUGAGCUUGAUGGAGAGCUUAUUGAUGCUCUAGUGCAGAGGGGUGAAGCCAAGCUUCUAACAGAAGAUUGGGAGGGAGCUGUUGCAGAUUUGAAAGAAGCAGCUGAAAAAUCUCCUCAGGAUAGGAAUAUUCGUGAAGUGUUGAUGAGGGCUGAAAGAUCGUUAAAAUUGAGUCAACGGAAGGAUUGGUACAAGAUAUUGGGAGUGUCAAAGACAGCAUCUGUAUCAGAGAUCAAAAAGGCAUACAAAAAGCUUGCUCUGCAAUGGCAUCCUGACAAGAACGUUGACAACAGAGAAGAAGCAGAAAACAAGUUUCGUGAAAUAGCAACUGCGUAUGAGGUUCUUGGUGAUGAAGACAAACGUACACGGUAUGACCAAGGGGAAGACAUUGAAGACAUGGGUUCAGGAAUGGGUGGUGGAGGAUUCAACCCAUUCGGCGGAGGAGGGCAGCAGUUCACCUUCCACUUUGAAGGAGGCUUUCCUGGCGGAGGUGGUGGAUUUGGCGGAUUCCAUUUUUGACCUCCACGGUGUUCGUUUGUACUCCUCUAAUGCUUGCUGCAAGGAAUACACAGCACAAAGUACAGUAGGCUGUUAUACUCUCAUGUCCAAGAAGUUUUUGCUUUUUGGAUACAAUUUUUUUCUUUCUUUUCUAUGUAUUGAUUAGCAAUAGCUUUUAAGAACUGUUGGGAACUUGGGAUAGAUUAAACAGGUCCAUUUUGUAACUUCCUUAACUUUGAAUGGAGGAAUAUUGUGGAUCAGACAACUAAUGUAGUUACAUUAUCAGAUAGUGUUAUUCUGACAUCAAGUGAGAUGAUUCAAAUUACUUUCUCA